AUGGGGCAGUGAUUGCAGACAAAAUACAAAGAAGGUGACUCCAGUACAUCUGAAGGAAGCUUUGGAAACCUGUGUGCAUGGCAGUGGCUCUUUGCAGCUCGUUACUAGGCUGAAUAAACUUGUUUUGUGUAUUGUGCAUACUGUGAAACUACUUUGAUUCAUAUACAGGGUGAUCUACCAGUUGGCUUUUGUUGGACUGAAUUUUUACCUGAUCACUUUGAUUCAAUUUCUAAUCAAAUUGUUUUUACACAAUUAGUUAAUUUGAUAAAUGUGCUUGAAUUGCCUAGAUUAAAUAUGAUCAAGAACAAUUGUUCAAAGUGAUCAGGAUCAGUUGAAGAACAAUGAGGUGUGUUUGUUCAAACUUUGCAAGACUUGAAAUGUGAAUUCAGUGUUUAUUUCUCAAGACAGUUUAAAUGACAUACAAUAUCUGUAAUGGGACAAAAGGAAAACUUUUAGUAAGAGAGAGAGCCAAGAAGAGCUGCAGAUGCUGAAAUCUUAAACACAACUUGCUAGAGGAAAUCAGCAGGCCAGGUAGCAGCUGAAUGGGAAAUAGACCGGCAAUGUUUUGGGUUAUGAUACUUCUGAAGAAGGGUGCUGACCCAUAUAAUUGCCUGUUAAUUUCCUGUAGUUUUAAUAGUAAAUAAUUAUGUAUGUUUCUGGAUUGGAUUAUGUUUACACCAUUUAAUUAACUAGCUUUUUUUUCAAAGGCAACAAUUCUGACAUGACAAUCAAUAUUUUGCCAAUCUUUAUUUUGAUCUCAUGGUCUUCUUGAGAAGAAACAUUAUGUGCUUUCCCAGUUAGUCCAUUGGCCCUGCUUGGCCAUUGAGACAGCCUUGGCGUGUCGCUCUGCCUCCUCCUGUCUUCUCACCUCCUCCACCACGAGCCAUCUCUUCUGCAUUGAUGUUGCCUUGUGCCAUUGAGGAGCUUUUGGGACGAGCCCGAGCCCGGCUCUCCCGUGAUGGACUUGCCCAACCACAUCCCGGAAUUGAAGAGCAGACUUAGCACUCUGAACGGCUUCAGAUGGGGUCCAUUUCCUCCCCAUUGCCACAUGGGGGACUGCUGUUCGAAUAACAGUAUCUUCAGAUUCGUCCCAACAACACGGAAGCAUGUACAUCUGGAGGAUCGUUGCGCUGAAGGAUGCGAAUAUAGUGAAUGUAGUCGCGCUCGAAAAGGCACCAACGUUAAGCAAUGUCGGAGUCAAAGACCAGAGGACUAGGAUGGCGAGACGAGUUUGCCAUGAUAGAGAUUACAGGCACAUAAAACAAAUGUAAAAAAACAAAACCCGAUAAAUAUGAACGGAAUAGUUGCAGGAUGAGUACUUGUCGUUGGUGCACACCUCAACACCAGACAACAAUUGAGUUUCUACAAAGUUACAGUUCUGAGGAGCUCUUGUCACAGGAGCUAAAAGCUGCCAAUGAGGAUCUUUGCUAUUGUCUGGAAUGCGUGGUGGAAUAUCACCGAGCCCGUGAUGAACUUCCAACAGCACACAAGAAUUUAUGGAAAAUCGAGACUAAGCGUUUGGUACAACAUUUUGAAAAGACCCUAAAAGAGGAAGAGGAAGAGGAAGAAGGUGAACUGUUCUUAAUUCAGGAUGAGCAGGAAAUUCAGCUCCAUGGAUACAUGGCAGCAGACAUUGAAAAUGACCUUCGCGUCCCCAUCAUUGAGAUCCUUAAAUACCCUUACUUACUCCUUCAUGAACACCUCAGUGAGUUAUUUGUUGAGGCCCUCAGCAGAAUUGAGCAGGGGAAUUUCUCCUUUCAGAUAUUUGAGAAGUAUGCAGGAAUCUAUCUACUUUUGGUACACCCAAAUGAAACGAUCAGGAAAUGGGCAAUCCUUGCUGCCAGAUCUCUUGGAAAGGUGGAGCGAGAUGACUUCUAUGACCUGCAGGAAGUGAUAACCUGUUUAUUGAAAGUGAUUGAAUUGGACCUCUUUGAAAAUACAGAUUUUUAUAAUAGUUAUGGAAUGCAAGAGGGAAAGUUAAUUCUUUUACCAUCCCAUCUUUACGAUGUUACCAACCAUAAGAACUAUUGGCUCGGUGUCUGCAUGCUGUUGCUGGUAUUGGAUGAACAAGCUAUGGACUCAUUACUACUUUCCCAUGAUAAACAGAAUGACUUCAUGAAGUCCAUUCUGAACACCAUGAUGAAAAGCAAACCAGGUGAUGCUUCUGAUCCAUUUUGGCCAGCUCUGCAGUGUUUCAUGGUAAUCCUUGAUCGACUUGGAUCAAAAGUCUGGGGACACCUCAUUGACCCCACUGAGGCAUUUCAGACCAUUAUCAGAAGCCAGAGUUACAACAGCGAAAUUGAAAAUAUUCGUAAUUCAAGCAAUAAUACAAAGUUAAAACAUGAUCUGGAUGAUGACGGUGAUGAUGUGGUUUCAUGCAGCCAGAUUGUGUACGACUAUAACUCAAGAAAGCAAAGCAAGGAUGCAGGAUGGAAGCACACAACCUGUGCAGAAUAUUACCCAAGCAUGUUUGAUGAAAUGCAAAGUCUUGCGCAUGUACUACAGUGCGACAUUGGACAAGACAUGCGUGUACACAACAGUACAUUUCUCUGGUUUAUCCCAUUUGUCAAUUCUGUCAUGGACCUAAAAGAUCUUGGCAUAGCCUACAUUGGUGAAGUGGUUCACCACCUCCACUGUGAGAUAAAAGAUGUUCUGAAUCGGAAAGUUAAUUUCUGUGAUAAAGUGUCUGAGUGCUUAAUUCUUAUCUUGGUGUCCAUCAUAGAACUACACAGAAAUAAAAACUAUCUGCACUUACUUUGGUACAGUUCGCAUAAAUGGGUGGAGGCAUUGGUGAAAUGUGCAAAUCUUCCUGCCAGAGUGUUUAACCUAAACACAGAGAGAACAACAGGCACAAAUAACUUUAAGGUCUCAUCGACUGCAUUUGCAGUAACAUCUUCAGCAUGUUCUUCCAUUACCAAUUCAGUACAGCAGGCAUGUGUUCAACUUAUUCGUAGUUUUCUGAGAGAAGGGUGUCAAUCUCAGCAAAGAAGCAUAUUUCAACAGUUCCUCGAUAGACUGAAUCUGCAGCUGCGAAGCACAUUUAUCCUUGGCUGGCAAUUGAGUGCCAGAGAACAGCAGGAAUUACAGUCAUGUUUAACACAGUUAGUUAAAAAUGCUAAAUUUAAAACCACUGAAAUGAAACAACUGGACACAGUGGGAAAAGGAAGUGGGCUGAAAUAUCCUUUAAUCAAACGUGAAAAAGAGGACACGGGGGAAUGGGGAAAGAUGCCUGGAUAUUGUAACAGUGGUCCUGAGCCACCGUGUUCAACUUUUCAAACAGACAAUGGAAGUUCAGUUAUUCAGAAAAAUAUUAUGAAUCAAGAAAAAAUGGCUACUUGCAAAGGUCAAGAAAACCGGUUAAAAGAAUCAUCUCCGGUUGGAGAUUUUUCGUAUAAAGCAGAAUUGUCCGUGAGUGACGACGAUACUUUCCUUAAGACCAAAACCGAUGAAGCAAAUGAUUUGAAAGUUGAAGAUGAAAAAGAAUAUUUGUCGUUGGUGCUCCUUUCUCCUCCUCCACAGUGUUCAGCUUUUCAAACAGACAAUAGAAGUUCAGUUAUUCAGAAAAAUAUCAUGGAUCAAGAAAAAAUGGCUACUUGUAAGGGUCAAGAAAACCAGUUGAAAGAAUCAUCUCUGGUUGGAGAUUUUCCGUAUAAAGCAGAAUUGUCCGUGUGUGAUGACGACACUUUCCUUAAGAUCAAAACCGAUGAAGCAAAUGAUUUGAAAGUUGAAGAUGAAAAAGAAUAUUGUUCGUUGGUGCUCAAUUCUUCUCCUCCUCCUUCUCCUCCUCCUCCUCCUCUCGCAGAGAAGAUCACCAGGACUGACCUACCAAGCAAUCAGCGGCAUGCACUGGAACAAACUGGUGAACUCAAACAUGAAUCUGUUGCUGUGGGAUCUUUGCUUUAUGAUAAUUUACAGACUAAGUCUCUUGAAGUGACAACAAGUGUUCACCACAAAGAAAAGUGGAAACGGUCCAUGUUACUCGAGUUCCAGAAAUCGUUUAAUGAUGAUACAGUAAAGCCCGAAGCCACCUCCACCAUAAACGACCAAAACGUUCCUACUGGAGAAACAUGUGGUCCUUCAGCAGGUGUUGGUUAUUUUCCUCAGAAAAUUGGAUCAGUUGAGUCUGCAUCAUGCAAGUUUAAGAUUGAUCCAAGCAAACUACUUAAUCUGAAAGUUAAGAUGCGGGCUAUUGAUAUUAAACGGAAGAUGAUGAAAGAAAACAAUUCUUUGAAAGAAAAGGAAUUAGAGGAAUUUCCAAAAGUAGAAGUUGUCAAUAGUCAAUUAGAUUAUAUGAAUAAUGGAAACCAGAACCAGAAUGUCAAUUUCAGCAAAAAAACAAUAGCUGGCAGUACUAGUACUGAACAAGUGACUGCCUCUCAUCUUCAUUUGUCUCCAUUUUUUGACAAAAGUGAGAAGCUCUCAAAAUCUGAUGCUUUAAGACUUAGUCCUUUGUUACAAGAUAAAGCAGAUUCAAGCACUGCCAUCAAAGUUGCAAACCAUUCAUAUCAAGUUCAAGAGUGUACAAGCAAGAUCAGUGAUGGUGAUGAUAUUCCUUUCAGUGAAUUAAGGGCAAAAUUGAAGAAAUGGAUUUCGUUAACCAGAGAGAGAAAUGCAGUUGAUUCAAAAAUGAAUAAACAUCAUGGAAAUCCUUUGAAAGUUACUGCUAUGAAGCAUUCUUAUUUAUCCAGUGACUUGUCUGAAGAGUUAGACAAAAUCCCAACAUUAAACAAAAUUGAGAGAAGAGUAAAAGUUUGCUCCCAUGCACAACGGUGUGAUUCCAUACAGAAUAAGGAAAAAUCUAAAUCUGAUUCAUCUGUGGAAGAGUUUACAAUUGAUGAAGAUGCUGAAGAUGUCAGUAUCUCUAAUUCACAAUCUACAAAGGACAAUACCGAUGUGUUCGAAGUUGAAAAACCCGAAACACAAAAUCUAGUAGGUACAACCAGUGUACAGGAGACCACUGACUCCACUGAAAAAAAUGAUACUUGCCCCCUAGAAAUGCCUACAUCUAGCAAGCCCUCGCCAACUUUGUAUGAAGAAAAUGAUUCACAGAUUUUUGAAUUUGAAAGUGAAGAGCAGAUACAUUCUGUUUGGGGAGACAUUCAGCCGCAACAUGAGAAACAAAAAGAGAAAAUGGCAACAGAAAAGUAUGUACAAGAUAAUGGUGAUGAAGGAGAUGUUAAUAGCAUGCUUAAUGAAUGGGGGUAUGAUACAGAUUAUGUCCCUGACGAUAUAAUUGAAAAGGUGGCUGUAGAGGUAGAAGCACAGUUGGAACAAGAAAUAAUGGCAAGUAAAACUGACAAUGAGAAACAAUUAUUGCUUGGGGUCAAACAAAUGUCUUCAUGCAGUUCUGCAGGUGGCAGUGCAUCUGUUUCAUGUUCUAGGUUGAUUUUUAAAUCUAAUUGCAAACUUCAAAAAGAGAAACAAAAACACUGUAAGAUCGCAGUAAGUAAUCUAAAUACCUUUGAGUCCCUGAAUUUAUCUGAUAAAAGUAAACGGCAGCUGGUAGCUGCAAAAACUGUGAGAGACAUUCAGCCUGAAAUAAAGAAAGCAAGAAAGAUUACAGAUAAAGUGGACGACAAAAGAAUCAAAAAUGGAAUAAGAGAAAAAUAUUUAUCCCAAACUAGUUCCAGGAAAGGUUCGAACAAGUUCAUUCUGACUAAGAAAUCAACAAAUGGUUGUCAAGACCAAAAAGUUAAGAAAAAUAGAUCAAAGAAAACCUCAGAAAAAAGUAGUUCUCAAACGCCAUUGGCUACUACUUCGAACUACACUGCCAAGGAUAUGCAAGUGACCCAUCCUUCAGCAAAACUCUCCACCUCUUAUCCAAAAAAAGUGCGUAAACACCCCGAACCUACUUCAACCGUUGAAAAGCUUGGGCUGAAAAAGAGAUCUCGUAAAGCUUUUGACCUUUCUCAAGGAAGCCUCGAUAAUCUGAACAAAUUGCGUAAUUAUGGGCAAGUAAUUGGAACCAUUGAGAACAAACAUCCUAAGACGGCAAAACUCAUUGUGCCACAAAAAUUGGCAACAAUUAGAAAUUCACAUUUGCUGGCUUCCCAGGACCUUCAGUAUCUACGACAAUCGAGAUCUCAGCGGCACCAUAAAGACAAGAAGAGGAGAAAUACAUCUGAAGAAAGUGCUUUCCUUAAAGGAGCUCUCUCCUCUACGGAAAGGCAAGAUUUUUCUAUUUCUGUUCAGACAAGUCGGAAGCUCCCAUCUGCAUCAGUAGAAAAUACCAUUAACUCUAUUGCAGUUACUGCAGCUUCACUAGAAAGAGAAACUGAUACAAAUUCAACUGAGGGGCAUGUGUCAAGUGUUAAUGUAAGUGAUUGCUUAAAUUUAACACAACAUGACCCUAUCGAUAUGGAUAUUAGUGCAGAUGAAAACCUGGAAGAUGAUGAUAUGUUAAUGUUGACACAGAGGGAUCCUAUAGAUAUGGAUAUAGAUAGUGAUACCACAAAAGAAGAGGACAAUGCAAAAAUACCCAAUUCCAAUGUGACUGAUUGCCAGUAUAGAGAAUGCACUGAUGUUGUAUCUUCAGAAAGGUUUGGCAAAAACCAUGCUGUAUCUGAACCCAAAGAUGGCAUCUUUGCUAAACCAGGAUUACCUCAAUCUGACCUGAAAAACUCAAGACCCUCUACUGCCAAACGCUUUGCUUCAAGCUCUACUUCACGUAAUGCUCAGCUUGCUAUUGAAAUGGAGGUUAUCCCAACUCGUCCAGCUGUGGCAGUUUCUAAAGUGCAGCAACUUCAGACACCUUCAUCAGUAAAGUUUGCUGUGCCACAGACAUUAAGACCAAUCCAACCUGCAAAAGCUAUGGAACCUAAUGUCCUUCGAACACAAAACAAAGACGUGACUUUCAGACCAAAGUCUUGUUUGCGUACACCUGGUGCAGAAUCGUGCUCUACGAUUGCACCUUUGCCACCUGGGCAAUCCAGGCAAGCUUCUCAUUCCUUGAAUAUGGCAGAUCAUCAUCGGCGGGACGAAUCUUACUUGAUCAAAGCUGUUCUUAAAUGGACCUAUCAGAUGUUUGACAUGUUCGACCAAUUUGGGGCACCUGAUGGGCUUUGUGACCUUCCACUACGAGAGGUGCCUGAAAGGUUUAGAUCAUAUGAAGAAUAUUUUAGCACCUUUUACCCUUUACUGAUGAUAAAUCUGUUUGAACAGCUAGCUCAGAAAUUGAUGGAAUCCAAGCAGACAAAUAAAAUGAUUCGGAACACUCUGAUGCUGAAGAGUUACUCUGUAAAUGGCCGAGUAAACCGUGCAGAAUUUCAAGCCACACUGCAGGAUAACGAACUUUUGUUGCAACUAUAUCCAAAAGAAGAUGAUAUUGUGUUUCUCUGGUUGCCACAACAUCACAAUUACUACAUGCAAGAUGACGGUGAGAUGCAGAAUGAAGCACAUGUUGCACAUGUCUCAAGGACGUCACGUUUCUCGGGACGUGAUUCACAAACUACUCUUUACCUUACAAUCCACACGAGAGGGAAUGUUAGUGCAGUGGAAAACCAACCUGUGAGAUGCGAUGUCAUUGGAUCCAUUGUGACAACCACACGGCAGUUCAAAGGAUUGCUCUUUCUGGCUAAGAUCCCUCUGAUUCGGCCAAUUAUUUCGGCCCACUCCUCAUUCUUUACUGAACGAAACAUCAUGGAGAGUACAAAGUGGAGUAAUGCUAAUGAAUACAAUGUGAAUCAGCAGAGAGCAAUUAGCAUGGCAUUGUCGAUGGUUAAACAGCCAAGAAUUCCUAAAGUCUGCCUCAUCCAAGGGCCACCUGGAACAGGAAAGUCGAAAACCAUUGUUGGGCUCCUGCAUCGUUUGCUUAAUGAGGAUCAAGAGAAUGUUAAACCAUCUUACAGCAGGAACAUGAGAAGUAAACGCACCAGGAUUCUUGUCUGUGCUCCAUCGAAUGCAGCUAUUGAUGAGCUCAUGAAAAAAAUAAUUGUUGAGUUUAAACUGAAAUGCAAAAAUGUGAAGAAUUGCUUGGGAAAUUGUGGCGAUGUGAAUCUAUUAAGACUAGGGUCUGAGAAAACUAUCUCAACUGAUGUCAUGGGAUUCAGUUUGGAUUAUCAAGUAAAUCGUAGAAGGAAAAGGAGCCAUCAUGAUGCUGAUCAGGUCAUUCAGAAACAGAAGGAUUGGUUGGAUAGGAAGUUGGAUGAACUUGGAAAGCAAUGUGCCAUGAUAAAAAAAAACAGAGAGCAGAUUGAACGGGCAAUUCAAGAGCGGAAAGCUUUGGAGAGGGAGAGGGCGGAACUUGGACGCAAACUAAAGGAGGUUAAUAGACGAUCCCAGGACAUUCAGCUGAACAUUAUUCUGGAAUCGCACAUCAUCUGCUGCACUUUGAGUACCAGUGGCAGUAUGCUUUUGGAAAUGUCAUUCCGAAAAUUGGGUCAUGAACCGUUUAGCUGUGUGAUUGUGGAUGAGGCUGGACAGGCAUGUGAAACUGAAAUACUGAUUCCAUUGAUGUAUCAUUGUCCCAAAUUAAUUCUUGUGGGAGAUCCUGAGCAACUGCCACCAACUAUUAUUUCCAUGAAAGCAAAAGAGUUAAACUAUGGCCAAUCAAUUAUGAGCCGGUUGCAAAAGUGCCUGCAAAAUGAAGUAAAUCAGAACAACUUUGGACAUAACCCAGUGCAAUUGCUGUUGACCCAGUACAGGAUGCAUCCUGACAUCUGCCUGUUUCCCUCCAAGUACAUAUAUGGAAAUAUGUUGGAAACUGAUAAAAAAGUAGAGAUGGAGCGGUGUCGGCCAAACUGGCCUUUCCAAUCAUACAUGUUGUUUGAUGUGACAGAUGGAUUUGAAUGCAGGGAGAAAGACUCUUAUACAAACCCACAGGAAAUUAAACUGGUGGUAGCUUUAAUGAGUAUGAUUGCAGAGAAACAAAAUGGAACAUGUCGUAACAUUGGAGUGAUCACACCGUACAAUGCACAGAAACAGGGAAUUAUCAAUCAAAUUGAUCAAGAAUGUAAAAGAACUAAGCUUGAAAUUAACAGAACGGUGCAAGUUGGCACAGUGGAUGGAUUCCAAGGAUGUGAAAAGGAUUGCAUUAUUGUUAGCUGUGUUAGGGCAAACAGUCUUCAAAGAUCCAUUGGGUUCUUAGCAGAUCGGCAGCGAAUGAAUGUUACACUAACCCGUGCUCGUUUAAGUCUCUUCAUUCUGGGACAUUUGAAGACACUUAUGGAAGACAAAGAUUGGAAUGCUUUGAUACAGGAUGCGACGAAAAGGGGAGCCAUUGUGAAGACGUGUGAAAGGGAUUACAAGAAGGACUGUAAAAAAAUCACAAAACCAAGACCUGCUUUCUGCAAAACCAUUUCUGAUCCAUGUGCACUGUCAAAUGAGAGGGAAUCUGCUGUUGCUCCUGUUCUAAAAAAAUCCAGGAGUGAAGAUUUAAGCUUGAAAACAGCGCCUGGUCUGUUAACUGACUUCAGCAGUGCACAGAUUCCCCAACCAGCAGCAUGGCAGCAGCCAUAUCAGGGUCAAUCUUCGGUUAGUGUACAGCCUGAGGCGUCAAACACUGUUGCACUGCCUCCAACAUCCGGUAGAUCAGAGCGAUCGGCUCAGUCCACGUACAGGGAUCCGAGAUUGGCCCGACGGGCAGAAGCUUUCAUCAAGGAGGUUCAGCUAUGUUUACAAGCCAGACACUCUCUUUCAAAAUCUACUGAAGUGAUGCCGCCAGGUUCAACUCCAUCCAGUAGUGAACAUCGGACAACACAUUCUUCACACACUGGACAGACUGCAUGGAAUUCUGCUCCCAGAGCCAAUUAUGCUCCUUCUCCCAACUCUGGCUUGGUCUCUUUUACUGGGACCUCUGCGCAUGGCAGUGGUACGGGUACAGUGCACAGGUUCAGCAACUCUUCAGGUUCUAGCAGAUACUUUCAUAAUGGACAGGAGACAAAGGAUGGAUAUAGACAGCAAAAGUGAAGGCAAUGAAAUAUAUAUUGGUUUAAGAAGUAUUCUCUCAAUAUGUUUGACUGCAAUGUUUUCAUGCAAGGCUGAUACACAAUGUGUUUCUAACAAUACAUGAUCACUGGUGUACAAAUCCUAGGGUUUGAUGCUGUAAGGAUGCUUUUUUAUUGGAAAUAAGCAUUAUGUUGUAUUCAUCGCAUUUGGCAUUUUUCCUGUAGGCUAGUGUUCGCCAGCCAAGUAACCUGCCUGUUGAAGCCUUCAGGCACUGCUCGUUCUGACAGCCACUUGAAUAUAUGCAAAUGCCUUCAUGGUUCCUCGGCUUGCCUGAGCAGCAUGGCUCGGGGUCAACCAAAACACAACCAUAAACAUUGGACCACUUCAACUGAAGCUCUGGCAGCUUAUCAAUGAUGUCAUCAGUAUUUAAACCUUGUUUGAAAACAAUUUUGUGACACAGAUGGAAUCCUCAGUUGUUACACUUGCACAAGUUCCAGACUCAUUUAAUCACUAGGUUUAAGGCAUCAGCCUUUCUCAGCAUGGAUCAUGGUACCAAGAGUCUCCAGAAGUUUAACUGUUUAUUAAACACACAGCACAUUUCUAAGUAGUGCAUUUCCCUGAACCCUAGGAUACUGUUAGAGAUUUUUGAAGUGUGGUAGCAAGUUAUAACUGCACACUUUGUUCUUUCACAUGAUUUAUUUGGAAAUAAUGGGUUUUUUUUUGGUUGGAACAGGAUUAGCGAAAUAAUCUACAAUUUAAUCCCAGCACCCAUCAGCUAUGACUUUUUAGAAAAUCCCUCUAGUUUCUCACCAUUGUGAGUGUCUCUUGUGUUAUUAUAUUUCAUUAAAUAAUAAAAGGAUUUUGAACAAUGUAAACCAAAAAAUUACUCAAAUGUAAAUAGUGGAAAGUUUGCUGUGUAACACCAGAAGGUGUGUCCAGCCAAGAACAGUUUGUGCUGGCCAGCUGCUCAAUAAUCAUUUAGACCAUAUAUGCAUCAGUUGAUUUGGAUUGUGGGCAAUAUGUAUAUAGUGAUUAUCCCAAAGAUUUGCAUCAUAAUAGCAACUGGCCAGACAUUGUGUAAAUAAUUGUAAAUGUUCUAAUAUUGAAUGGAUCCGAAAGAAUUGCCUUCAGUGAACACUUUUCUGAAAAUGUCUGGGGGCUAUUUAGUUUAGAAAUGUAAACACUGUACAGUGUGUGGUAUGUGUGUCUGAACUGGUACAGUACUGGAAUAUAUUGGAAAUGACAUGUCCAUCAAAUGACAAUGUCAGACUUGCCAGUCUUACAGAGUAAUGAAGACAGAAUUUGUCAUCUUUGGGCAUUAUGCAAAUAGUCCUUCCGUUUAAGAGCUAGGUAUUUGUGACUUUUUUUCUAUUCUAUGCACCCUGUAGUAUAAUAUAGAUACUAUAAAAGAUGUUAAAUGUUUUCUUUGUUUACUUAAUAAAAAUGUUUUCUAAAAUU